AUGGCUGCUGAAAGGUCUAACGUCUCCGCCGACCUCGUCUGGCAAAUCACCCGCGGCAACAAUGCCUACCUUGUGCAGCGCAACAUCUCUGGAGGUGUGCGAUUCUCCCGGGAUACUCUGAACCCCGUCAACAUCCACUCGCGCAAGUACGCUGGAUACGCCAACGACAAGGCCCUUGGCUUGCAGGCAUCUGAGAACGGCGGCGUCGUUCUCAUUGCUAAGAACGCCAGCAACACCGCCAGCCCCUCCAAGAACAUCCGCACCGUCACAUACGGCCCCAAAACCUCCAACCGCAAGAUCUACAAGAGCGUCGCCAGCAGCACUGCUAAGAACGGAUACCGUGCCGACUUGAGGGAGGUCGCUAUCGCUCGUGUCAGCGCCAUCCGUCGUUCCCAACAGCCCAAGAAGGAUGCUCCUGCCCCUAAGCUUCGUGGUGCCAAGGCCAAGCAGGCCGCUGAGCAGGAGUAA